AUCGAAACCUCAGCCCUUCAGCACCCAAACGACACGCUGCUCAACGCAGCAGAUACCAUGAGCCAUGUUCAACCUCUCCAGCCUUGUGCAAAAGGCGCAGUCGUUCAUUGAUCCUAUGCAAGCGCUGAACAUAUCUGCAUCCGACCGAAAUCCUGCGAAAUCCCUCCUCUUCCGCCAUCAGUUUCGACUGCCGGAGUCCCAGACACCUCUCCAGGAGAUCACUGCAGAGCUUACCAUAUCCCCACCGAUCACCUACGCUCCGAAUGCAACACAAGGAGAGAAAGAUAGGGACCGAGAGAGGGGAUACCACUAUGCCGGGAAGCUGCAUUUGAGCGAGUCCUACCUCUGCUUCUCAACGCAACCGACGAGCUUCCUCCCUACUGCAAGCACCAGCAUAUCAUCUGGAUAUACAGGACAAACUCACGGAGCUGGGCCUGGAGGGAAUGGGUUUACGCUUCCUUUGUGUGCUAUCCGGCGAGUUGAACGGCUGCAUAGUCAAAGCUAUCAGUUUGCUUUGUCUAUAACGACAUGGAACGGAAUCAGCAACAAUGCUUCGAACGAUGCUUCCAAGACCCCUGUUUACCAACAGAAAAUUACGAUACAACUGGCGGGCAGCCGCCAAGCUUGUGAAAGUUUCUGUGAUGGGCUAAAAAGGGGUCUCAAGUCAGGCGUUGGAGAGGUUGGAAAACUGAAGAGAGUGGUAUCAGAAUGCUAUUCAGAAUACCUACUACAAGGCGAUGGGAAGAAAUUCGGAGAUCCACCCGAUGCGGGACUCGGGAUGGUGUUUCGAUACCCUGGCGACGUGCGGAAAUUACGAGACAGGAGCAAGAUGAGGCUUUGGGGAGAAUACCUGCGAGAAAACGGACGCAAUGUUACUUUGAUUCGACAACCUACCUUUCACAAGCUGAUCCGUGUUGGCUUACCCAACCGGCUCCGCGGGGAGAUUUGGGAGUUGACUUCUGGGUCCUUGUUCUUACGAUUGGAGAAUCCCACGCUAUUCGUAGACACUCUUGCAAAAUUCGAAGGACGAGAUUCCCUUGCAAUUGACGAAAUCGAAAAGGACUUGAAUCGAAGUCUUCCAGAAUACCCCGGCUUCCAGAGCGAGGAAGGGAUCGGGCGGCUGAGGAGAGUUCUCACGGCGUACAGUUGGACGAAUGAGGAAGUCGGAUACUGCCAGGCUAUGAACAUUGUCGUUGCGGCGUUACUCAUAUACAUGUCGGAAUCUCAAGCGUUCUUCCUGCUUUCGACAUUGUGUGACAGACUUCUACCCGGAUAUUACUCAACGACAAUGUACGGCACAUUACUGGACCAACGCGUCUUCGAAUCCUUGGUGGAGAAGACGAUGCCAAUUCUCUGGGAUCACCUCGUCAAAUCUGACGUCCAACUCUCAGUUGUAUCUCUCCCCUGGUUCCUUUCACUAUAUAUCAACUCGAUGCCUUUGGUUUUUGCAUUUCGUGUUUUGGACGUAUUCUUCUUGGAAGGUCCGAAGGUUCUAUUCCAAGUUGGACUGGCCAUCUUACGGAUUAACGGAGAGGAACUCCUGGACGCCACGGACGACGGAGCAUUUAUUUCGGUGCUGAAGUCAUAUUUCUCCAAGCUUGACGAAUCUGCACAUCCCAAGUCAGAAAAUGCCAAGCUUCGAGCUGUGACACGUUUUCAAGAACUGAUGGUGGUGGCCUUUAAGGAGUUCUCUGGAAUCACCCAAGCCAGUAUUACGGAUCAGCGGAACAAGCACAAGGAUGCUGUUUUAAAUAACAUCGAGAGUUUUGCAAAGCGGACGUCAAUUCGCAAUCUUGGACCGGAUAGCAAGCGAUUAAGCGUCGAUGAGUUGGGUGCAUUGUACGAUAGGUUUUAUGGGAUAUUAUACGAGCGCCAACAGAGAAGCCAGAUCAUUCAAGAAGAGACAGAAAGGCGGGCAAAGGCUAGCAGAGCUAGGGCUGCUGAGGUUGUUGCGGGACUUGCAGAGCGACAGAGCAUCGAGAAAGGUCGGGUAGGCUUAGGACCUAGCCCAACACUCAUGGAUUAUGAUGGAUUUAGGGAAUUCCUGGCUGGCAUGGCGAGAUGGGCGAUCUCGGAUUUUCCAACACCACCAGAGAAAGACAACCCUGCCGAACGCGAAAAGCAUUCUUAUUUUGGCAACAGCGUUCGACGAAGGGAAAAUUCCCUGUCUCCGUGGGGUUAUGGAAACCCCGAACCAGCAGAUCACGAAUUUAUGCGACGAUUAUUCAGACGAUGGGACGUGGAUAUGAACUCUGCUCUGACAUUACAGAACGUCGUUACAGGAGUAGCUCACAUUAAAGGUAAAGGUGAUAUCAUGGGAAGCAUCACGUAUUUCUUCGAGCUCUACGAUGAUGAUGGGGAUGGAAAGGUCGACCGUGAAGGGAUCUUGCGAAUAUCUGAGGCACUGCUUUUCCUUUCGCGCCGUGGUCUGGAUGGUUCAUUGACCCCUUCGACUUCGAUGACAGGACUCAGCGAAUAUGAAGCCGGAAACGGCGGUGUAAUCGAUGGCCCUCAUGGGAGUACACAAGAACGUUUCUUGAGCUCUGUGAGUGCCUUCAUCAGAAGGUGCUUUGAAUAUGCAGAUCCGGAUCAUCCCCAGAAUCAAACAAGCGAAGACUUCAAGACGAAUGGGAACGCUGAAAGCAAUGCAUUUGGUAUUGGCGAAGAUAGUGACGAUGAACCAGAGGAAGACCUUCUAGAUCUCGGUACUGAUGCAAGCCCAAAACGGGCAAAGAAAUCCACAGGUUUGUCAUCAGUACCUCCUCCAUCAGACAGCCCGAAGUCGAAUGGAAACCAACGCAACGUCUCUAAAGCUAUGUCAGAGCGUGCCAACGCCGCUCUCGAUCCCUCAAAACCGCUCCAUAUCACCUUGCCUACAUUCCGUAUGGUUGUUCUCGCAGACGAGCUACUGGAGCAAUUUUUUGAAUCUUCUUUCCCUGCAUCCUUCCGAAUCUCGGAGAAGCUUGCUUCAACUGGGCCCGCAUCUUCUUCAUCCAGUCUCACUACCUUCUCCAACAUCGGAUUCGGACGAUCAACUGCCGGAUCGCAAGCCGGCAUAGGUGGUACAGGGUCAGCUGGUCUCGUACCUCCCGGCAAAGGCCUCCGCGGUGUUCUCGACAACAUUGUCACUGACGGGAUGCGCGUCGCGGCAGAGGUCAGGCGACGAAUGGAUGAAGCGCAGAAGGAACUGGAGAAGAACGCGGUGCAGAGACCAGAGGACGACGAAGAUGAAGACGAAGGUUAUGAUGGCAAGGGAGCUGCUGGCGGAUACGGCGGCGAUGCAGAACGUAGGAGUGUACGGUCGGAAGAUCGAGACUUACUAGAGGGUGCGGAUGCUGAAGCAGGGAGUAUUAAAGGCAGCCUAGACGGAGUCAGUGAGGUCAAGCAAGGGACAUUGAGCCCCAAGGGAUCCGAUGCUCAUCGUGCAAGGAGCAUCAGUCAGGCGAGCACCGAUACUCAAAAGGUUGUGGAAUUUGAGCGUUGAUUUUAUUUACAUGUAGUAUUUGCGGAGGGUGGGAGCGAUCAGGUUGGGAGGAGCGCGGGAGAGGUUUUGGAGUUCUUGGGAGGGAAUUGUGAAUUAUAUCAUGGGUGCGAAGCACUCCUCGAUCAUAUCAUGCAAGACAUCGUUCCGUUCGGGCUCCUCACUCGGCUGUGUUUGGACUAGUUCGGCCUUCUCUAGGCCUCUCCGAACAGCCUGCCUCAGAAGAUUGUCCGUCCCCUUCACGAUGUAGUCGCCCAGAGUGGGUGGCAGACCCAGCCCCUCACUAUCCUCCUCGCUUCCCUCGGGGAGCACACGGAGCUUCAUCGUGACGUAUACACCCUCGUUCAGAAACGCAUGCAUGGAAUCAGGCCAAUUUAAGACCUUUCUCCUCCCGUAGAUGCGCUUCUCUUAGUUCUUAUCGUUAACAAGGC